AUGGAAGUGAAUCAGAAAUACGUUAUGCCUCUCCUCUUUCUCUUUCUCUAUCUCCCAUUUUUCAUUUCUAUUCCUGCUGCUCAAGCAGCUCCAACAAAGCAAACUGAUUCCAAAAACACUACUUUUACAGCUUUCUAUGUAUUCGGGGACUCAACAGUAGAUCCUGGAAAUAAUGACUACAUAGAUACAGCUUUUCGAAGCAAUUUUCCACCUUAUGGAAAAGACUUCUACAACCACAUGCCAACAGGAAGGUUCUCUAAAGGGCGCCUUACCACUGAUUUUGCAGCUUCAUACGUGGGUAUCAAAGAAUCUGUGCCUCCUUAUUUGGACCCAACUCUUUCCAUGGAGGAGCUCAUUACAGGAGUCAGUUUCGCUUCUGCCGCCUCUGGAUUAGAUCCACUUACUGCAAGAAUAAAUAGUGUGAUUGACAUGGCAAAGCAACUAGAGUAUUUUAAGGAGUACAAAAGGAGAGUGCAGACAACAAUUGGAAAGCAAAGAAUGGAAAACCAUAUAAAGAAAGCCGGAUUUCUUAUUAGCAGUGGUACAAAUGACUUCAUGGUCAAUUAUUUUUCUCUACCAUUUCGAAGGCAGACUUUUACUGUCUCGGCUUACCAACAGUUUAUGUUACGGACAGCUACGCAGUUCAUACAGAGUUUAUGGAAAGAAGAGGCGAGAAUUAUAGCAGUCUCAGGACUACCUCCAAUGGGUUGUUUGCCUGCUGUUAUCACACUUUUUUCUGACAACGCCAAUAUUCUCGAACGUGGUUGCAUCGAAAAGUUCAACACCGUUGCACGAGACUUCAAUCGAAUGCUCCAAAAUGAAGUGAAUGAACUUAAUAUCACUAACACUCUUGGUGCAAGACUCUAUUAUGUAGACAUCUAUGCACCACUGAUCGACAUGAUACAGGGCCGUAGCAAAGUUGAGUUUGAUGACGUGAGUAAUGGGUGCUGCGGGACUGGAUAUUUGGAAGCAGCAUUCUUAUGUAACCCAAAGUCAUAUGUGUGUGCUGAUGCAUCUAAAUAUGUGUUCUGGGAUUCGAUACACCCAACUGAAGAGACAUACGGUAAAAUCUUCAACGAAUUUCGUUUUGUCCUUGAUAAUUAUAUUAAGAUGUAA